CCCUACCUCCACUCCACCCCCCAUCUCCACCUCCUCCCUGACGCCCCAGCACCCCUUGAAAGGACCAAGACAUGAAGGUGCAGAGGCUGUUGUUCCUGGUGCUCUUGCUGCGGUGUCCCGGUUCCCCAAACCCAAAUGUUCCAGAGGAGUUUAUCCAGGUCCUUCAUGGAUGUACAAUAGAAGUCAGUGACUUCUUACCUACUCUUGUCCAUGUUGUGCCUGACCGUUUCCUUCUUGGCCCUGAUGGGGUUGGAGUUCUAUGGAAACUUCCCAUUAUCACUGCCCCCUUGGGAGUUUGUGUCUUUCUCAUUUAUAUCUGGAGAACCAUCCUCGCUAUAAAGCCUCGGCGAUAUGAAGUAACCUUACAACAAAUAAAUGAGAAGAUCCAUCGACUUAGGACAGAAAACAGGGAGCUUGCUCAGGAAAUAUCCCUUUGGGAGCUGAAGAUCCGGGAAGGCAAGAAGCAUGUUGCAGAAACUAAGAGUGAACAUAAGUUUCUCUCUGAGGAAGUUCUUAAAUUGAAGGAGAACAUCGAAAAGGUUGACGAAGUUAAUGAAAAUUUAAAUGACACCCUUCGUUGGGCACUGGCUCACUUGCAAUUUGAGAGAGAGAAGAAGGUCAAGAAUCAGGAUGUGGCCCAAGAUGCAUUCGAGGAUGGAGAGCAGAGAGCCUUUAGGGCCAAAAAACGAGAACUGCAGGAAUGUCGACGAUUGUUGGAAGACCAUUGCAAUGCCCUGAGUUCUUUGAAAACAACUCAAGAAGCCGAACUGAAAAUGCUGAGGAGGAAAGUGGAUAUCGUGGUGGAUUUCUCUAAACAAAGACAAGCGGCUGCCGAAGAGAAGGUUGCAAAGACCCGCUGUGACCUGGAGGCAACAGAGAGUCAGCUGUCCGCUGCCAUGGAAAAUCUGAAAGGAAUCACAGAAGCAACGGACAAGUACAAGCAAGAAAUUGGAGAGAUGCAAGAUCAGCUGCAGGAGGCAGAGCUCACCUUCCAACACAAGAUCGCAGCUCAUGAGAGAAGUGCUCUAGAUAAUUGGAUCAAGGCUCAGGUUUGGGAGAGGAAGAUAGUGCAGCAGAGGAGGGAGAACGCCUAUGUGAAACACAGACUGCACAUGAUGAGGAGAGAGAUGCUGCCUGAGGGAUCCAUGAGGCAGGAACCGAUGCCGGGAAGACCUGAGACACAGAACCGUGUGCAGAGAGGGCUUUGGUCUGAUGCUGAAACUGGUGGGUCUCCCAUGGGGAACAGGGGCACCGAGCCUCACAGAGACCCAGGGAUGAGCAAGGUCGGUACAGAUGUGAGAGGGUUUCCUCAUGCUCCAAGGCCCCCCCAUAUGCCCUACCACAUGGGGCAGGGUUUACCAGGCUUCCCUGGCUAUGGGCCACCUCCACCUCCUCCACAUGGGUGGACAUGGGGGCCUCAACCACAGCUCAUUCCUGCUACACAUGGGCUUCGGUCGUAUUCAGAAACCUGUGGCUCUCAAGGGGACAACAGUGGCACCCCGCCCAAGAAGGUCCCACAGAAGGACUAGAACCCUGUGGAUGCAAGAGGACCUGCUCCUGUACCCGGCCCACUGGGUCCACCGUACCCCACGGAUCCCCCUUCAUCACCAUCCUGGAGCCCUGGGGCACAUCUCCCUCCACCCACCCAGUGGUCUCUGCAUCCUUACCCUGCACCCGAACCUACACCACAGGGUUUGAUGAUAUGAAUUGUAUGAUUUGACUUAUAAUCUGUAUUGUCUUCUUUCUUAUUGAGUUGGUGGGGCAAAGGCCAAGUUUGUGCUGAGGCCUUGACAUUGGGAGGGGAAAACCGCCUGGGGGCGCUGUAACAUCCUGAAGUUUCUCAGGACAUACAGGUGUUGUGCUGGGCUAUUUCCACACACUGAGCGGGGGGAGGUGCCGUUGUUGGGAAGGAAGUGUCUCUAUCGCACAAUGGCAGACAUAUAUUUCUUACCGUCGGGCACGUCCAGAGUCCACAGUUGUUGUUCUGGGCGGGAUGAAACACACCUCUCACUUUGUUUUCAGCGUGUUGAGUUUGAGCUCUCAUUUCCUCAGUUAUAUAAACACCUGAAGCAGGGCUAUGGUCCCUUGAUUAAUCAUUAGGGCAGGGGUCUGUCCCUUGUCCUCGGCAGUCAGUGGAUACUUGUGGGAAACCCUCUCGUCCGGUAAGGGAGGUGAGAAUGAGAAACAGUGGCAGAUGCUGGAGGCAGGUGUAGACGGUUUGUUAGAAUGUUGCUCAGUCACUUCCAGUGGGAUGGUCUUCCGUCUUUUCUCUGACGUGGGUCAGAUACAGACGCUGGGGCAUCCUCCAUAAGGAAUAGCAGUCCUACAUGCAGGCCUCUCAUGUUAUGGGAGAGUGAAUGUUGCUAAGGACAUGAUCACUUUCUUCAGGUUGCUCAGGAGACGCCUUUGAGGGACUUUGUCUUUCACUCAUACUGAGGUGGUCAGCAGGUCCCUUUGUGGUGAAGGAGAGCCGCUCUUCUCCAAAAGCUGGGCACAGCAGGUAUGCGCAUGCACACUGUGCAGAGACGAUAUUCUGUGCUCUGGGAGGGAUGAGGAGGGAAUUUCAGGGGUCUGAGAGCAGCGAGGGACACAUUCAUUAAACGACAGAGAGGUUGUGUUCCGUAUAAGGGAAGCCCCAGCGAUGGAUCUGAAGGACCAGAGAGGGAGCCAUGAGUCACUAGAAACAGGAGGCUGUGGAUGAGCAGGAUGGAGGUGCUCAGGGGAGUGGAUGGGCCUCUCUCGGGUAGAGCGGAGGCCGUUCCUGCAGGCCAGCAGCUUGAGCAGUGAGUGUGAGGACACCGUGAGAUCCACACCGAGCUGCUGCCUGUGUCCAUCACACAGCGUGGAUGAUGCAAUUAUUUGUAUCAGAACGUCAUGGUUGCCAUAAAGCUGUUCGUUCAUAAUCUAUAAGGAUUGUUGUUUCCUCUGAAUUUCUGAAGGUUCUGAACUGGGUGAAAGAAUGUGGUGGAGACUUGGGAAAUUGAACUCGGUUCCUUUGGGGAUUCUUGUCUGCCUGAGUUUGUGGGCCCCAGUGAGAAAAAGUGAAGACGGGACCAAGAUCAGCAGAGUGGCUGCCUUGGCCUUCAGCCCGAGUCAGACUCUUCGUGGGGCAUUCAGGAUUGACCAGGAGCCACUCUCGCUGGAUCCCUGUCACUACGCCUCUGCAUCUGAGUCACCGCCCUGCCUGCACUUUGCAUCUCCCUGAACUUUGGUCACAGUAUCCUGCGGAUUGACCUGUGUUCCUGCCCGAAUGCCAGCUCUCCGUGGGGCCUACUCAGAGCCUCAGCUCUGUUAUCUGUGAAAGGGGAGCCUGUCGGAUUCUGAGGUCAUUAGAAGAAUAGGAGUUGAAGUACAUAAAGAAUCUGCAGGGGCCCCUGGGUGGCUCAGUCGAUUAAGCAUCGGACUCUUGAUUUCUGCUCAGGUCAUGAUCUCAGGGUUCUGUGAUCGAGCCCCAAGUCAGGCUCGGCGUUGGGUGUGGAGCCUAUCUAGGAAUUUCUGUCCUCCCCACCCACCCCCCCACGCCCCCCACGCCCCCCACGCCGCCUUUCCAGCACAAAUUUGCCCUUUUUCGGUCUCUAUCUCAAGAAAAGAAAAAGAAUAUGCAAAAUAUCUGGGCUCUUGGCCACUCCCCCUUCUCACUGUUUAAAUGAAAAUAGCUCCAUCAGAUGAUCAUCAAAAGAUGUUCAUUUAAGUCCACAACAUUACACUGAGAGUAUAACACCUCAGCCCAGAGAUUGGCA